AUGUCUUGUUGUGGAGGUGGAGAAAAUAAAAAUCAAUAUGUAUAUGAAAGAAAGGUUAACUAUACACAUUUCCUAAAAUAUAUUAUGGUCGGAGAUUCUGCGGUUGGAAAGAGUAAUUUAACAUUGCAAUUUGUUGAUAGAAGAUUUUCACCGAAUUCAGAGUUUACCAUUGGUGUUGAGUUUGGAUCGCGAAUCAUUGACAUCGAUAAUAAACAGCUAAAGAUACAGGUAUGGGACACUGCAGGUCAAGAGAAGUUUAGAAGUAUCACCAGAGCCUAUUAUAGAGGUGCUGUCGGUGCUAUGAUUGUCUAUGACAUCACCAGACGUGAGACAUUCGACAGUUUGACAUCGUGGCUCAGCGAUUGUAGAAAAUAUUCAACCGGUGACAUCACCAUCACUCUCAUCGGUAACAAGAGUGACCUCGAGAGUGCACGUCAAGUCUCCACUGCAGAGGCACAGUCAUUCGCAGAGGAACACGGUCUUUUGUUUUUUGAAGCCAGUGCUAAAACUGGUACCAAUGUAAAUGAAAUAUUAAUUAAUUUAACUAUUUAUAAUCAAAAUUUAGUACCACUAUCUAUCUAA